CUUUCGCGACCUUGACGUCGUCUGCCGCUAUGGGAAGCCGGAUUCUUUCUCUACUUCCUUUGUCCUCCUGCGAGACGUAAGAAUUUCUCCCGCUACAGUCGCAAAACAAAGCAGCAACUAUCUACUUAGCGCUUUGGCUUCGCAUGUCUCUUCCUAGCAGAACAAGUGCAUUAGACCGUUAGACAGUUAGCACCGUUGCUCUCAACUAGGUGUUUGCCCGGUUUCAAAAGUCUAUAUGUGCUCACUAAGUGGACUAGUCAGGAGGCCAGCUACAUUACGGUUGAAUCGAUUAAAUCUUAUAAAGUCGGCCUAUGGUGUAGACGUGAACCCGUGAAAGACUUUCUUCGUACUUUUCGCUGCGGGAUUUUCUUCUCUCGAGUGGGUGUGGUGCAAGGAAAUAAUACAGCGCCUCGCUCGGACUUGAGAUAUCUGUCAGGCACAUCCCGUUAGUGGGAAGGAAAGAGGAGGAGUGUAAGCGAUUCCUAAGAAAAGUCCAUUCAAUCGCGAGUCAUGGACUUUCUAUCUCAGCAAAGGCAACAAGCUGGCCCUGCCGCUGACGAUGUCGAGGCUCAGGGAGCCCGCCAUUCGAACGGCGCUGGGUAUGAGGGUGGAGAGCAGCAGGGUACCGAACAGCCGCCUGGGCACACCGGCGAGCAUAUUAAAUUUGGAGACUACCGCCUGAAAGAACCUCCAAAGAGCUCAGAUUUAAACGAAUAUGAAGCUCUUGAUCGGUUUAUCACAAAUUUUGAUGCCGAGCGCCGAGCGAGUCUUGCAAGUGGCAUUAGCAAGCAGCGUAAGAAGCCGAAGUGGUGGCAAUUCUGGAAAUCCAGUGAAGGGGAGAUAGUGGAACCUGAGCGUGAACCUGGCGAGAUUGGCAAGCCGCCAGAGUCAUGGCUCGAAACAGAUAUUCAACAUGGCCUGACUACCGCUCAAGUGGAGGAGCGCCGAAGACGAUUUGGCUGGAACGAAUUGAUGGCCGAAAAGGAGAAUAUGUUCGCUAAGGUGCUCAGUUAUUUCCAAGGACCCAUUCUCUAUGUUAUGGAAAUCGCGGCGCUAUUGGCUGUGGGUUUGGGUGACUGGAUUGACUUCGGUGUCAUCAUUGGUAUUCUUUGCCUGAACGCAUUCGUCGGGUUCUACCAGGAGAAACAAGCAGCAGACGUUGUCGCGAGCUUGAAAGGUGACAUCGCUAUGAAAGCUCAUGUCGUACGUAAUGGCGCUGAAGAGCAAAUAUUGGCCAGGGAAUUGGUCCCAGGUGAUAUUGUCAUAAUCCAAGAAGGUCAAACCGUCCCAGGUGACGCUCAAUUGAUUUGCGACUACACCAGACCUCAUGACUUCGAGCAAUUCAAGGAAUUGAGAAACGAAGACAAGUUCGGGGACGAGGAAGAAGCCCGAAAUGAGAAGAACGGCAAAAAUGGCAAAGCCAACAACAAGAAUAAGGAACAGGAGAAAGAACAAGACGACGAUUACGACGAGUCAAUCCAUUUCGGUGAACCCCUCGUGGCUUGUGAUCAAUCUGCCAUUACUGGUGAAUCGCUCGCUGUGGAUAAGUAUAUGGGCGACGUUUUAUACUACACCACUGGUUGUAAGCGAGGAAAGGCUUUCGCGCUUAUUACCACUUCUGCCAAGUACUCUUUCGUCGGUCGAACUGCAUCUCUAGUCCAAGGCGCCAAGGAUCAAGGUCACUUCAAAGCCGUGAUGGACAGUAUUGGAACAUCAUUGCUAGUACUGGUCAUGUUCUGGAUUCUUGUCGCAUGGAUUGGAGGCUUCUUCCACCAUCUCAGGAUUGCGACGCCGAACGUUCAAAACCUGCUUCAUUACACUUUGGUACUACUUAUCAUCGGAGUUCCGGUCGGUCUGCCUGUGGUGACAACGACAACACUCGCAGUCGGUGCAGCUUAUCUAGCCAAGCAAAAGGCCAUCGUCCAAAAGUUGACGGCUAUCGAAUCCUUAGCAGGUGUUAAUGUCCUCUGUUCGGAUAAGACAGGCACAUUAACAGCAAAUAAACUUAGUAUCCGCGAACCCUUCGUCGCAGAAGGGCAAGAUGUGAAUUGGAUGAUGGCUGUCGCAGCCCUUGCAAGUUCUCAUAAUAUCGCAUCGCUGGAUCCUAUAGAUAAGGUGACUAUCACGACGCUGAAACGCUACCCGAAAGCUCGCGAGAUCCUGCGGGAAGGUUGGAUAACGGACAAAUUCACACCUUUCGACCCGGUUUCCAAGCGUAUUACAACUGAGUGCCACCGCGGAAAUGAUCGCUACAUCUGUGCGAAAGGAGCGCCGCGCGCAAUCGUGAAUCUUGCAAAUGUCAGCGAAGAGGUUCGUACUAUGUACAAUCAAAAAGCUAGGGAAUUCGCUCUGCGAGGUUUCCGAUCUUUGGGUGUGGCAUACAAGAAAAACGACGAGCCAUGGGUACUCCUAGGAUUGCUGUCUAUGUUCGAUCCGCCACGUGAAGAUACCGCACAGACAAUCAUUGAAGCUGCACACCUAGGUGUACCGGUGAAGAUGCUUACGGGUGACGCCAUUGCUAUCGCUAAGGAAACCUGCAAGAUGCUGGGUCUCGGUACUAAGGUCUAUAACUCUGAGAAGUUGAUCCAUAGUGGCCUUACGGGAACGGUUCAACACGAUCUAGUCCAGCGCGCUGAUGGGUUCGCUGAAGUCUUUCCGGAACACAAGUACCAGGUGGUUGAAAUGUUACAACAGCGUGGCUCUUUGACUGCUAUGACGGGUGACGGUGUGAACGAUGCGCCAUCCCUCAAAAAGGCCGAUUGCGGUAUCGCCGUCGAAGGAUCAUCCGAAGCCGCCCAAGCAGCCGCUGAUAUCGUCUUCCUGGCCCCAGGUCUGAGCACCAUUAUUCUAUCAAUCAAGACCUCUCGUCAGAUCUUCCAACGCAUGAAAGCCUACGUCCAAUACCGUAUCGCCCUGUGCCUCCACCUCGAGAUCUACCUCACAACCUCCAUGGUAAUCAUCAACGAAACCAUCCGCCCGGACCUAAUCGUCUUCAUCGCGCUUUUCGCCGACUUAGCGACCGUCGCCGUAGCCUACGAUAACGCACACGUGGAACCACGCCCCGUCGAAUGGCAAUUAAAGAAAAUCUGGGUUAUCAGUGUAAUACUUGGCACAUUGUUAGCCGCUGGUACUUGGAUUAUCCGGGGUACCAUGUUCUUAGUCAACGGCGGUGUUGUCCAGAACUUCGGUUCUAUCCAGGAAGUACUGUUCCUUGAAGUCGCGUUGACGGAGAAUUGGCUCAUUUUCGUGACGCGUGGUGGUCAGACUUGGCCCUCGUGGCAGCUCGUGUUCGCCAUUUUGGGUGUUGAUGCACUCGCUACUAUUUUCGCACUGUUCGGCUGGCUGUCGGGUAGUGGUGGCGGCGUCAUGGAGACUACGCCACAUACGUCAUUUGUCAACUCGCACAAUGGAUGGACCGAUAUCGUCACUGUGGUCGUCGUAUGGGCGUACUCAAUCGGCGUGCUUAUCUUCAUCGCCAUCGUGUACCUCGCGCUCAACAGCUUCUCUUGGAUCAAUAACUUGGGUCGCAAGGACCGCAAUAAGAAGGAUACGCAGAUCGAGAAUAUCAUCGGGCACAUCAACAAGCUUGCUAUCGAGCACGAGCCAGACGCCAAGACCGGGCGCGACAAAUACUUCAUCGUGGAGAAGACGGCGGCCGAUGAGGAAGAUCUCUAAACGGAAUGAAGGAGUGGUAAUGUGGAAGAUAAGCAUACAUGUGAGGAUUAGUGUGUUCUGUUGCAUGCUUUAGGGGAGUCGUUAUGAGUUAAGAG